AUGGCCCGCCGCAACCCCGAAUUAUCCGAAUUUCCCGCGUACGAGACCACUCGGUGUAUGUCCAUGAAGACGAAGACCGUCGAUCCUAACGUUGCGCGGAUCGCUGCUGCGAAGAGCGGACAGUGUGAGCUGGGUUCAUUUUCUGUUCGCUGCGUUGGGGCUGCGAGACAGCGAGACAUCGUGAAUGGACGCGGGAAGGGGGAGGGUGCUGAGGGGCUGCAGCAUCCCCAUCUGCGAGGCUCCACUAGCACCCGCAUCCCCAAACUGUGUGUGUGUGUGUGUGUGUGUGUGUGUGUGUGUGUGUGCGUGUGCGUGUGCGUGUAUCACAGUGAGGAUCUGGGGGAAUACAUGGAGUCGAAGGGGGCGUCCUCUCCAGGGAUCCUGACCCUGACCACUAACCUGAGUAAACCCUUCACCAGACUGGAGAGAUACCCCACGCUGCUGAAAGAACUGGACCGACACAUGGAGGAUCAACACCCGGACAGAGUGGAUCUCAUUACGGCGAUAACUGACUUUAAGACCUUUGCGGCUCACUGCCAGAAUGUGAGGAAGAAGAAAGACCUGGAGUUGCAGAUUUUAACGGAGCCAAUCAGAAACUGGGAGGGUGAUGACAUUCGUUCUCUGGGUCCGGUUCAACACAUGUCGCAGUGCACCGUCCACACGCAGAACUGCCAGGAAUCAAACGAACGCUACCUUGUCCUCUUUCCUCACACUCUGCUCGUGCUCUCCGCCAGCCUCAGGAUGAGUGGAUUCAUCUUCCAGGGGAAGAUGUCACUGUCAGGGAUGCUCAUCUCCAGAAUAGAAGACGGAGAAAACCUGAAGAAUGCUUUUGAAAUCUCCGGUGCUCAGGGUGAUCGGAUGCAGGUGGCGUGUAACACUCAGCGCGAACUUCAGGACUGGCUGGACCUCCUCACCAAACACACACACACUCCUGCCUCACACACUAACUCGCUCAAGCAUCAGUCCGUCUGUCACACACUGCCCUCUCUUCCCGCCACUCCCUCCAGACACUCGGAGUCUCGUGGAGGAAGCGUCGGACACAACUACCACACCCUUCCCCAUCCCCCUUCAUUUGGGAUGAACCUCAACAGCAGCCCGAUGUGGGGGCCCCUGGAGCCGCCGAGUACCCCCAAACCCUGGAGCCUGAGCUGCCUCCGCCCUGCUCCUCCACUCAGACCAUCAGCUGCUCUCUGCUCCAAGGAGGAUAUGAGUAAGAGUCCUAAGAACAUGAAGAAGCUGCUCCCUAAGAGGAAGCCGGAGAGGAAACCUUCAGAGGAGGACUUCACUGUCAGAAAAAGUACAGCAGCUCUAGAGGAGGACGCUCAGAUCCUGAAGGUCAUCGAAGCUUACUGCACCAGCGCCAAGACACGAGCCACUCUCAACUCCAUUUUCAACACUUAG